AAAUAUUCUAAGAGGGACAUAAUAACAUAGGAAGGAGAAACACAGAGGUCUGAGUUGUUGUGUGUGAUUUCAAUUUGAGUCACAUCUCUGUGCUUUCUCAUCGUCACCUCUCUCUUUUGAUAUCUCUUUAAGGAACACGCCAUUGAAGCCCAUUCUAGCUUUUUUCAACAUUGCACACAAGGGCGGGUAAAAGGGUUUGAAGCUGUUGCCAUUGGAGAUUAACACUGAUUUUGUGUUAGUGAAAGAAUAGAGUAGAAAAAAAAUGAUUAGACGAAGGUUAUCUGUUCUCUCAACGUCAAUCAUCAAAAGCUCAACUCAUAGCAAACCCAUACUCAGAUGCCCAUCUAUCCAAUUUCAACCCUUUCAGCUCCCUCAUUCUCCCAAUGCUCAUCGAUCAAUUAGUUGUUAUGAAUUUCCAGAUUUUCAAGGCUUUAGAGCAUACAGUCUUCUGAGCUUGAAUGAUUUGAGAGAUAAGGUUCCUAGGAAGCAGCCAACAAGGAAAGGGCGUGGGAUUGGGUCUGGAAAGGGUAAGACUGCUGGGAGGGGUCACAAGGGUCAGAGAGCUAGAAAAGGUAUAAAAUUGGGUUUUGAAGGAGGCCAGACCCCUCUUCGAAGAAGAGUACCCAAACGUGGCUUCAAGAACCCAUUUAGCCUCACUUUUCAGCCAAUAGGUUUGGGUAGAAUUGCAAAGUUUAUUAAUGCUGGGAAGAUAGAUUCUUCCGAACUGAUUACAAUGAAGACACUCAAGGAUGCAGGGGUACUUGGGAAGCAAUCGAAAGAUGGAGUGAGAUUGAUGGGGCGUGGUUCAGAGCAAAUCAAGUGGCCAAUUCAUCUAGAGGUAUCAAGGGUUACUGUUAGGGCUAAGGAAGCAGUUGAAGCAGCUGGUGGGUCUGUGAGAAGGGUUUAUUACAAUAAGUUGGGCUUGAGGGCACUGCUGAAGCCUGAGUGGUUUGAAAAGAAAGGAAGAUUGUUGCCUAAAGCAGCUAGACCUCCUCCAAAGCAAAAGGAUAAAGUUGAUAGCAUUGGUCGGUUGCCAGCACCAACAAAGCCAAUUCCAUUUUUAGUUGAAACAACCAAGGAUCUUCCAGUUCAGCCAUUUAGUUAAAUAACAGUCUGUCUUACAAGUUUUUCAUGCAGUUCAUGCAAUGCCAGGUUAUUAAUUCAGAAUUAGAUAAAUGAAUUCCUUGAAGACAAAGAUGAAAGGGAAAAUCUUGUUUAUUACUUUAUUUCUUUUAAAGAUUUGAUCUUUGUCACACUCAGUUGAGAAGAGCCUUAGGUUAUUCUCUCUGUGCUGAGAAUAGAAUCUUAGCUUCUUCAUUAAGGGUAAUUUGCAAGAACACUCUUCACUGUUUACUUUUCUCUGGGUAUGGAUGGUGUUUGUCAAACUGACUUAGUUGAAUUUUCAUAAAUGGACGAUUGUUUCGAUCCGAAUUUAUCAAUAUACGACUUGUUUUUUGUGCA